AUGGAUCAGUUUCGUGGUUUAUUUACCAAACUGGACCAGAACCAGGAUGGAUUCAUAUCGGUGGCGGAGCUGCACGACGAGAUGAGGAAGCAUGGGAUCCUGUCAGCAGAUGGGAAGGUCCAGAAAAUCAUUGAUUCUUAUGACAAAGACAAGGACGGCCUGCUGGAUUAUGAAGAGUUCCUCAGCUACAUGAUGGACAGAGAGAAGAAAUGGAAAAUUUACUUUCACGACCUUGACAAGAACAACUGUGGAGUGAUUGACCUGGAAGACGUCGUAUGUUUGUUUAAGGAGUUAGGAGUGGUCAUUUCAAAGCCGAAUGCAAAAAAAAUUAUACAAAUGAUGGAUGAGGACAGCUCCAUGACGGUGGACUGGGGCGAAUUCCUGCAUCACAUCAUCCUCAACCCCGUGGACAGCAUCGGGGAGCUGGUGUCGUCAUGGAAACACAGUUUGGUGUUUGAUGUGGGGGAGAGCCGCGCCAUGCCCAUCGAGUUCCCUGAAGAGGCGUCUGGCUUCGGUGUCUGGAGGACGUUUGUUCUGGCAGCAGGUCUGGCUGAUGCUGUGUCUCGGACUGUGACGGCACCAAUAGACCGACUAAAAACCCAGCUUCAGGUUCAUGGAUCCAAGGCCUUCUCUCAGGGCUUUCAGGAGAUGAGGGCUGGUGGUCUGCGCUCCAUGUGGCAGGGAAACGCCGUCAACGUGCUGAAAGGAACCCCACAGUCAACACUGCAGUGUCUUAUCUACGCCCAGAUGAAGGUUUACACCCAGAACAGAACCCAGGAGACUCUGACGGUGCAGCAGCGCUUCGGUUUGGGCUGCGUGUCAGGAGCUGUUGCUCACGCUGCCUUCUACCCUCUAGAGGUGUUGAAGGUGAGGCUGAACCUGCAGCAGGCUGGAACCUAUCAUGGCGUCGUGGCCUGCGCUCGAUCCAUCUACAGAAACGAGUCGCUGUCUUCCUUCUACAGAGGAUUUAAACCGAGCAUCCUCUGCAUGAUCCCCUACGCAGGAGUGGAGUGUGCAGUUCAUCAGUCCAUCAUGUCCUGGGCAAAGCGUGAUCCCACCUACAACAGCGACUCCAGCCUGUUCUUCUUCAGCUUUGUGGCCUUCGCCUCUGGACAGAUGACCAGUUAUCCACUGGCGGUGAUUCGAACGCAGCAGCAAGCGCAGGCUUUCAUUCCAGAUUCCCGCCGAGCUUCAGGUGCGUUAGCAGGACUCACUGGGAUAUAUGAGAGAGGAGGAUUGCGAGGAUAUUAUAACGGCAUGGGAGCGAGCUUCGUCAGGGCUAUUCCAUGUGCUUUGAUAAACUACACUCUGACUAGGAAGUUUGAAAAUGUGUUUUCUUCCAUCGAAUCUUGAUGAAUGUGGAGAACAAUACAAAGCUGUGACUGUUAUUAAUGUUAACUGACUGUCCAAAAGUAACAGGAAUUCUAAAAAAAACAACUAAAAAGGGGGGCUGACAUUCAUAAAGUAAAUCAUAAUGCUCAACGUAAGUCUGCGGGAUUGCUUUUUAAUUAUUAUUUUAGUCAGUGGUUUUUCUACUGACCAGGAAAACAUGAAACUAACACUGAUGCACCAUUGACUGAAAAAUACUGAAUAAUGUGAACAAGUGUAAUGAUUACCAACUUGGGAUUUGCUG